UUCGGGGGGCAGAUCCUUCAGAACACGCCCUGGUAGAAAAGGUAGGACCCCCGCCCUGCAGGAGCAGAGCCGUCCGGAUCCAGCCCGGACCCGGACCCGGACCAGCUGCGCCCAUGUCCCCCCCACAGGCUCCCGCCGGACCCUCAUCAGAUGAAAUCAGAACUUUGGACCCAGUUCGGAUCCGCAGCUCGGAACACCUGGAGGUCCUGAAGAUCCACCAUGAGCAGGAAGACCCGGCGCUGGGUCUGCCACUUCUUCCUCUGCCUGGGGGUCCUGUAUCUGAGGACCGGGGGUCUGUCCUCGGUGGUCGCGCUGGGAGCCAGCAUCAUUUGUAAUAAAAUCCCGGGUCUGGCCCCCCGACAGAGGACCAUCUGUCAGAGCCGGCCCGACGCCAUCAUCGUGGUCGGGGAGGGGGUCCAGAUGGGCAUCAGUGAGUGCGGGUUCCAGUUCCGACACGGCCGCUGGAACUGCUCGGCCCUGGGGGAGAGGACCGUGUUCGGGAGGGAGCUCAGAGUGGGCAGUAAGGAGGCUGCCUUCACCUACGCCAUCAUAGCUGCCGGUGUCGCUCAUGCAGUCACAACGGCCUGCACGCAGGGGAGCCUCAGCGGCUGCAGCUGCGACAAGGAGAAGCAGGGCCUCUACAACCAAGAGGAGGGCUGGAAGUGGGGGGGCUGUUCUGCAGACGUCCACUAUGGCCUGGGGUUUUCUAAGGCGUUUGUGGAUGCCCGGGAGAUCAAGCAGAAUGCCAGGACGCUCAUGAAUUUACACAACAACGAAGUGGGACGCAAGGUUCUGGAGAAGGGCAUGCAUCUAGAGUGCAAGUGUCACGGCGUCUCUGGAUCCUGCACCACCAAGACGUGCUGGAUGACGCUCCCCAAGUUUCGUCAGCUGGGCUACAUGCUGAAAACCAAGUACAACCAGGCCAUCCAGGUUGAGGCAAUGCGCUCCAGCCGCAACAAACGUCCCACCUUCCUGAAGAUUAAGAAGCUUCCCUCCUACCGCAAACCCAAAGACACGGACAUGGUCUAUAUCGACAGGUCACCCAACUACUGUGAGGCCGACCAGCUGACAGGCAGCAUGGGAACACAGGGGCGUCUGUGCAACAAAACAGCUCAGCAACCCAACAGCUGUGACCUGAUGUGCUGCGGCCGAGGAUACGACACGCACCAGUACUCACGUGUCUGGCAGUGCAACUGCAAGUUCCUGUGGUGCUGCUAUGUCAGGUGCAACACCUGCAGCGAAAGGACAGUGGUGUACACCUGUAAAUAGACUAUUUUAUGCUCUGCUAGACUGAACUGUGAGUUUGUGUGAGCAUGUGUGUAUGGGUGUGUAGUUAAUACUGUGAGUUUCAGGAGUUUUCAUUUCUUUUGGUAUUCUGUCCAUUUUGUUGCCUUGCAUCCUGGAAUUUAUAUGGAUUUUUAAUUUGAUUAAAAGCAACAUUUCUCAAAAAAAAAAUACAAAAAGUUAGUGAAGUUGAGGAGGAAAAAUUGUUCUAAAUAACUUAAAAGUAGAUCAAAUUGAAAAGUGGUGCAUGCAUAUGUGUUCACCAAUGUUCAAACAUUAACUUUAGAUGACACCUACUUAGUUAAUUAAGAUCCACCUCCAUUCCACCACAUGCUAAAGGUGACUGAUUGCACUGAGAUCUUGUGUCUGUGGAGACCUUUGGAGGUCAGUGAAAUGAUAGCCUCCAGAAUCAACAUUGUCCAACAACUCUGAGUAGUGCAGGCCACCACCAAGCAAGAGGCCACUAAAGGCUGCACAGAGUUGAGCAUUUUGGAAGAGUGUUGGGAAAAAUACAUUGAUGAAAGAAGAAAAUGCCAGACUGUUAAGAUUGUUUCCCCCAAAAUUGUGGUGGUCAGAUGAGACCAAACAGCAAUGAACAACUUCAUGUCUGAGCUAAACCUACAUUUCACCAUGCUGAGAUCACCAUUCCUACAGUGAAGCAUGGUGAUGGCAGCUUCAUACAGUAGGGAUGUCUUUUAUUAUUAAGGACUGGGAAACUGAUGGAUAGAGCAAAAUACGCUGACAUUCCUCAGAGGAACUUGUUGGAGUCUUCCAGAGAUUUAGAACUUGGACAGCUUUACAACUUGGUCCACCUUCCUGCAGGAUAUAGACCAUAAACACACUGAUGGUGGAACACUCCACUGGUUUAAGGAUAACCAGUUGAAGGUCCUGGAAUGGUCCAGUCAAACACUAAAACUACUCCAACAGGGAAAUUCUGGUUUAAUUUAAAGAUUGUUGGACCAGAGCUGCUCCAACCUGAAAGGGCUGUAGCAGUUUAGUUAUAAAGAAUGGACUAAAAUGUUAGAUGGGCCAAUGGUUGGAUGAUUCAAUGGUUGGAUGGUUGGAUGGAUCAAUGGUUGGAUGGUCCAGUGCGUCAAUGGUCCAAUGCUUUGAUGGUUGGAUAAUCAAGAUGGUCCAAUGGGUGAAUGGUUGGAUAGACUAAUGGUUGGAUGGAUGGAUAGUCUAAUGGUUGGAUGGUCCAAUGGUUGGAUAGUUGGAUAGUCUAAUGUUUGGAUGGUCCAAUGGUUGGAUAAUUGGAUAGACUAACCCCUAAUUUACACUACUUGCAUUCCGUCUCCGCUCCGCUGCGGUCCGA